AUGCUGACAAUUCCUUUUUUCGGAGAUCCGAGAUCUCAACGAGGUGGUGUAAAUCGUUUUAUUAUUAAGGGAUUAUAUCGCCGGAUCUUGCCUAUUUUGAUAACGAACGAAGAUAUUAAUAACGGCCUAAUAUAUACCGCAUAUAUUAUUCGAGAGGCUCUUGCUGAGGUGAAUAUCGAGGUUAUAGAAUGGCCUUCCUAUUGGCCUGAUUUAAACCUAAUUGAGAAUCUCUAG